CAUUCACCACCAGCAACCCAACAGCGAGUCCCCUUCAGACAUCGUGAAGAAAUGGCGUUCGAAGCCACCGCCGACGAGCUUUUGCAAGCCCAGGUCCAUGUCUUCCACCACGUUCUCGCCAGCGUCGGCUCCAUGGGCCUCAAGUGCGCGAUCCAAUUGGGCAUCCCCGACGCUAUCCACGCCCAGGGUCGGCCCCUCACCAUCACCGAGCUCGCCUCCUUCCUCCCCGUCGCCCCCACCAAAUCCCCUGCCCUCCACCGUCUCAUGCGCAUGCUCGCCCACAUGGGCUUUUUCUCCGUCGAAAAGGAUCCCAACGGCUCGGACGAGCACGCUUACUCCCUCACCCCCAACUCCAAAAUCCUCGUCAAGGACAGCCCCACCAGCCUCGCCUCCUGGGUCCUUUUCUCCCUGGACUCCACCAUCUUGGCGCCGUCGCACUUCCUGGGCCUCUGGUUGCAGGCGGAUCAGCCCGACAUCCCCUUCGAGAUGAGCUACGGCAAGCCGCUUUUCGAGAUGACGGGCGACGACCCCGCGUUCAACCGCCUCUUCAACGAGGCGAUGGCCAGCGACUCGCGCCUCACCAUGAAGUCGGUGGUCGCCCGGUGCAAAGACGCGUUCCAGGGAGUCUCGGCUCUCGUCGAUGUCGGCGGGGGCGACGGGACGUCGGCGAGGGCGAUCGCCGAGGCCUUCCCGAGCAUAAAGCGCAUCAUCGUCUAUGACCUCCCUCAUGUGAUUGCUACUGUGCCCAAAAGUCCGCGGGUCGAAGCUAUCGCUGGGAACAUGUUCGAACACAUUCCGCCAGCUCAAGCAGUGUUUCUCAAGCUGAUUUUGCAUGACUGGACUGACGAGCAAUGCGUGAAGAUACUGAAGCUGUGCAAGGAAGCAAUUCCUGAGAGAGAAGAUGGAGGAAAAGUGUUGAUUUUGGAUAUGGUUAUGAACGUUAGUAGUGAAAGUAGUGCUGCGAUGACACAGGUGCAGCGUUUCUGGGACAUUGCAAUGCUCUGCAGCACACCAGGAAAGGAGCGACAGGAGCAUGAAUGGAGGAAAAUUUUCUUCGAAGCAGGUUUCACAAAUUACAAGAUCAGCUCGUUGGGUACUCGCUCCUUGAUCGAGGUCUUCCCUUGAAGAUUCCAGCUGCAUUUAAGGAGGCAUCCUCUAUUCCCAUAUCAAAAGAGCAUGAUUAAUAAACUAAACAGUCAUUCUCAGGUUACACAUACAUAGAUGUGGUUUUCUUUCGAACUUUUUGAUGCCUCUGAAGCAUCAGUACUAUAUAAAAAUAAAGUUCACAAGAAUUGUACUUGCGUCAUGCACAGGAUGGUAAUAAAAACAGAAAU